CGGCGUACAUAUUAGCCUUAACUUGUUAUUGUUUGGAAAUAUGGCAUGUGCUACGCUUAAACGAACCCAUAACUUUGACAUCAUGGAAGCGACUUGUUCCAAAAGAAGGCGAUACCAAGCUUUAACUCGGAACUGCAACACGGAAGCAGCAGCGUCAGAAUCCCCAUUCAUCCCGAAGGAGUUAUCAACCCAAAUGUUUGGGAGUCACAUCUUAAACGAUAUCCAAACAUCGUGUGGAUAAGUAAAUUAAGCCAGUGCUUCCUAAUCACACAUCAUUAAGCAUAUAAAUCGAAUUGGUCAGUGUCCGGUGUUUUAUUUCUGCUGUUGUUGAGUAACUUUCUGUGCUGUAUUAUUCAUGAACCAAACUAAUGCACAAAAUAUCUGGGUCGGUGGAGUCGACUAGUUUUUGUGUAGUAUGUACUUUGUGUACUCACACCACUUCUCAAGUGUCAGCCCCGGGUUGCUUAUUAUUUCAGUCAAUGUGCAAAUAAAGGUCACGACACUAGGUACGGUCUCAUCAUGGUAAGCUCUGUGAAAAACUCCUCACUUAUUAACCCAGCUUUUGUUAUCAUAGGGCUUUUUGUUUCCAUCAUCUAGUGACAGGGGUCCUUGUUCUUUUGACUAGGGUCCACGGUUUAGUGUGUGUCAAGAACUGGUUCAGGUUUCGCUUGCCAUUACCUGCCCAAUUAGAGAACAAUAGAAGAGUAGCGCUACUUAGUAGGUUAACUUAGGAGGAUUGACUUCUGUUUCAUGAGUUGAGUGAUAUCCUGGCUUAUGACUAAGUGCUAGAUGUCAAUUACCACAGUUCUUAAAAAAAGACAUAGUACAUGUAUUUAUUUGACUAGGGUUUUCAAGCCUUUUGUGUUCACAAACUAUAGUUCUGGUCAUGGGUGUGUUAAUUAUAGCUUUACCCUUCGAAAAGUUCAGUACACCGACUCCAGAUUGUAGUUUUUCUUGACCAUAUAGCAUCGUCGAACUCCAUCAGUCGGGGGGAUCUUCGGCAGUUUUCAUCACUGAAGGGUGUUCUAGUCAAGUCCAUAAACCUAAAGAUUUACUCGAACACCAGUGCUCAAAUUAAGGCAUACUGAGGACUCGUCAAUAUCGCUAGCUUCAAAUGGUAUUUGUCAGAAUCACAUGUCGGAUACACUAUUUAAUUUCUCCUUAGUUGUCUUCCAGAAAACUCAGACUGGUUGUAACUGGUCUAUCAGCAAAUACUUGUGCGUGUUAACUCUUGCACUAAUUUCUGUCUCUGAUGUUCGAUUCUGUAGCUCAAUUGAAGCGGCGCAUCAAGGAGGAAAUCAAACGUCUACAACGACGUCGUUUGAUACCACGAUUUCUUGGAGGUCCCACCCCGGCAAUAACUGCGACAUUCGCCGGUCAUGCAAAGGAUGAAAACGUGGUUGCUUCGUGCAGUGGUAGUUUUCGAUCCAUGGCAUUGCGGUCACCUACUUCAGAUAGUCAAGACUCGGAUAGUGAUCAGUCACCUUUGCGUACCAGUGAACCGAUAUUCCAAACACUUGAGAAUGUCUCAGUUGUCUCCUCACAAUCUUCUUUGAAACCUACACAUACCAUCGAUUCAAUGCCGAUCUUCACCUUACCCCAGGUUACGGCUCUUUGUGAGCGCUUAAUCAAAGAACGAGAAGCAGAGUUACGAGAAGAGUAUGACAGUAUAUUAUCUUGUAAAUUAGCAGAGCAAUAUGAAGCAUUUCUGAAGUUCAAUCACGAUCAACUCUACAGUCGAUUUCAGAACUCCCCAAUGAGUUAUGUGUCCUGAGAAAUGUCACGUAAAUCACACGAUGGAAUUUUCUAUCCCCCAAAACUAUAUACUGCCUUCCAUCUGGUACUGCAUUAUUGUUGGACUGCUUGAGUUAUUCUGAAGAUGAACUUUAACCUUGUGUUCUUGUUUCUCACGUGCAACCUCAACUGCCUUUUCCCGAUCUCUAAGCGUUUGCCAACCACAUUGUUUCUUGUGUUUCAAAAAUUUAUCAUAAUUGUACUCGUAUAGCUAGUACGCGCCAUACGUUGCAUGUAAUGGGAAUUGUCAGAUCAAUGCUCAACUAUUUUCUGUAUCUCUUACCAUAUAUUCUCUGUGAUGAAUAAUUUUGAAGGCCUGUUAACAUACUUAGAAGUUUUAUGCCUUUUAAGUUAAGUAAACCUGGUAAAUAAAUGUGAUCGUUCUC